AUACUCAGAAUGCGCACAAUACUGGUACCCAUCGGUCCUCCAGGAGCCGGAAAGUCCACGCUCUGUAAUGGCCUACAACAAUUCAUGCGAGCAGUAGCGCGCCCAUGCUCAGUAGCCAACAUGGACCCUGCAAAUGACAACAUUCCAUACGAGCCCGCAUUUGACGUACGAGAACUGGUCGACGUGGAGGAGGUGAUGGAGAGAGAAGAACUUGGGCCCAACGGAGGCGUGCUUUGGGCAAUGGAGGAGAUCGAAGCGAACUUUGAGUGGCUAGAAGGCCAUCUUGCAGAUUGUGAAGAAACGAUCAUUCUAGAUCCGCCUGGCCAGGCCGAGCUCACAACACAUCACACUGCCGUUCCUCGAAUAUUGGAGCGCCUUGAGAAAGCUGGCUAUCGAAUAGUCGUCAUUCAACUCCUAGACUCCGUUGUCCUGACACGUCCGAGUCUCUACCUCAGCAGCUUGAUUCUCUGCUUACGGGGAAUGCUGCACCUCCCAUACCCCAUCGUCAACGUGUUGACCAAGAUCGACAACCUCAAAUCAGUGGGCGGUGCGGAUCUCCCUUUCAACCUCGACUACUACACCGAAGUUCAAGAUCUUCAUUAUCUGCUGCCGAGUCUCGCUGCGGAGCAGGCAGGGACCAUGGGCGGAACUGAGAAAUGGGAUCGUCUGAAUGAGGCUCUCAUCGGGCUGGUCGAAGACCAUGGCUUGGUUGGGUUCGAGACUCUCGCCGUGGAAGACCGUCAAAGCAUGUCUGCACUACUCCGCGCCAUCGAUCGUGCGAGUGGAUAUGUCUUUGCGGGAGCGCGAGGUACGGACGAGUCCGGGCGGACGCUGAACGACGAGGCCUCGAUUUGGGCGCAGGCAAUGAGUGAGAACUACGGCAAGAUGGAAGUGAGAGAUGUGCAGGAAAGGUGGAUUGACCGCAGAGAGGAGUAUGACGAGCUGGAGAGAAAGGGAUGGGAGGAAGAGGCAAAG